UUGCGUGACCUUUUGUGUGGUUGCGGUCUCCUUUCGUUGUCAAGACGUCGUCUGGCCGUGCUUUCGCGACUUGGUCAAAGAAGACAAUUCUCGGCUGGUGAGAUUGGCAAGACUCACGAGGCCGGCGUAGCAACUGAGAGUGUACCACGUCGACGGUCCGACUCUGGACAUUGUCUACGACGUGCUACGGCUGCGGAAUGGAUGUCGAGAUGGCCAACACACGCAAAAAUGGGCCAGUUGAUUGCCAUUUCCUGCCUCCAUCGUGAAUCCCGGCCUCGCAUCUCGUCCAUUCGUCACGCCAAACUCGCUGCCAGUCAGCAGAGCAGAUCUGUCUGCCUCUGA